UAUACCUCCUUUCAACAUGUUGUAAUCCUCCACUAUCCAUCAGAAAAUAUUUCCUAGUUCUCUAUUCAAUCAGUUGCAUAAAACUUUUAGAUAUAUAACCACAUAAAGUUAGAUAUAUAAUGAAUGUUCCAGAGAGAUUCACUUCAAAAACUAUGAAGACUUUGCUUCAAGAUACCAUGCUUAGAAAUCAAUCAUCAGGACGAACAAUGUACGAGUAUGAUCAGAAUAGGAAAACACCCACCAUCAAGUCAUUACCCGGACCUUCGAUCCAAGGUGACGAAUCUUCAAGAUUGGCACAAAGCAAAUUAAUAGUUAGCAAAACGAGCAAACAGCAGGGUGAAAGAUCCCACAAAUUUGCAAAUGGCAUUAAAGAACAUGUGAAGGGAAAGCUUAGUUUAGGAGCAAAAUUACUAAGACUAGGGAGUAUGGAGAAAGUGUGUAAGCAAGUUUUUAGUGUAAGAGAAGGAGAGCGGUUAUUGAAGGCUUCGCAGUGCUGCUUGUCAACUACAGCCGGUCCUAUAGCAGGCCUUCUCUUCAUCUCGACAGAGAAGCUAGCAUUUUGCAGCGACAGAUCGAUUGUGAAACUCUCUUCUCCUACAGGAGAGUUGCGUAGAUUUCAUUACAAGGUUGUUAUUCCGUUGAGAAAGAUUGAGAGAGCAAACCAAAGAGAGAACACAAAGAAAGCGUCUAAGAAAUACCUACAAUUAAACACCACUGAUGAGUUCGAGUUUUGGUUCAUGGGAUUCCUCAACUACAAGAAAAUGUUUAAGUGCUUACAAGAGGCCAUUGAUCAAGCUCUUGAUUAUUAGCAUAGAGAAGACUUAGAGCUCAUCAUGUCGGGUCGAGGUAUCGGGCUGGGUCAGGCCGGGCCACGUUGGGUUUUUUUGGCCUAAACCUUGUUAAAUCUAGGGAUUAUCCCAUAUUGCAAAAAUAUGCACAAGAGGAUAGGUUAGGCUGGAUAUUGUACAUUUAUAUCUACCUUGUGAUAAAUUUCUUCCUCUAGCUACGAGAUGGAAAAAAAAAACAA